GACUGACAGAACAAUUCUUAAAUUUUGAUGUUUACUUAGAACAGAACCAACAAAACAUCUGGCAUUCAUGGUAAUCUCUUUACCCUGUAAUAUGUUGUACAUGCCACAAACAUUUCAAGAUCUCUGGUUUGAAUCCUUCUUGUAAUAUUCAUGGAUGAUUUUGACUCUCAAAAAACACCAGACAACAACUGAAUCUUGUGUGUAUUCCACCCCUGAGCAAACAUCACUACCACAUAGCAUUGCAGCUAAGGUACAGAUAUUUUGAUUUGAUCAAUGAAACCAUGCCAUGAGAAAACAAGAGGACAAAAUGGUUCAAGUCUCUCUUCCAGCAAACAACCAUUGCAAAGUUCACACCUCUAGAACUAUUCCUGUGAGUCCCACAGCACCGGAACACUUUUCCAUUGAACAAAUCAACAAACUAGAGAGCAAGUUUUUACAUCAAAAGUGGCCGGAUAAAACAAGAGUUGUUGUUAUAGCAAUGGAAAGCAACUUGCUAACUAGAGAUGUGGAGCUCUGGUUCCAAGCAAGAAGAGAAAAGUGGAUGCAAGGAGUAAUUGCUGCCAUUGCUUUGGCUAAAGAGUCUUUAUCAGAGCAUCCAUGACCAUUUGGAUAAAAAAAAUUAACUGAAACAAUCUAUGCACUUAUUUCUGUGUAAUAAAAGUUCAAGAAGACAAAUUCAAUGCUUGGACCAAAUGACAAAGUGAUCCUUGGAAUACACAAAAAGAAUA